AUCCCCAGAAGUGAACAUUUUUUUGUCUCUCUUAUCAUAGAGAUGAAGCCAAGCUAGAUAUAUAGGGGCAAUGUUGUCCAUUCAUAUGAACAACAAGGAGGCAUUUGAGGUCAAACAGAAAAUUACUUAAUUUAUAUCGACAGCCAUUUUAAGAGAUUCACAGAUCUAAAGAAAAAAUCAAACCUUUUUCAUCGUAGAGCAAAGCUAAACCAGAAGAAAGGGGAAAAUGGACGCAAUUGACUCAGUUUUCGAUCCACUGAGAGAGUUCGCUAAGGACAGUGUUCGUCUCGUCAAGAGAUGCCACAAGCCCGAUCGCAAAGAAUUUACCAAGGUUGCGUUCCGAACAGCGAUCGGAUUCGUUGUUAUGGGAUUCGUAGGAUUUUUCGUCAAGCUCAUCUUUAUCCCUAUUAACAACAUUAUUGUUGGAUCCGGUUAGGCCUUGUCAACGUUUGCUGAAAAUCGGUAGAAUGUUUAAGUUAAGAGGUACGUCAUGAGUUUAUGAAGUAAUUUCAAUUUAGACUUGGGUUUGUCUUUAAAUUCAGUUUUGUUGAAAAAGGGUUCAAUUUUGGUGUUUGUAAUAGAAUCUUGUUGAAGCAAGUUCAAUCUUUUGACUUGAUACAAA